AUGUGCUUAGCUAAUGCCAACGGUAAUGGUAAAAUCUUGUACUUUCUGGCUGAUAAUAUAGAAGUGGAAGUUCUGAUGGAUUCCCCUCAGCAGAUUACUUUGAAGCUAUUUUUACAAUAUUUGAAUCAGCAUUUUAUUGCUACUUUAGUAUAUGCUAAAUGUAAUGCAUCUGAAAGGAUAGAAAAAGAUGGGGGUAAUCCUAUUCAACCUCAGGAUGUAGAAGAGUUUGCUUUUUGCAUAAAUUCCUGUGAACUUGAAGAGGUAAAAUUUAAGGGAAGUCCCUUCACUUGGUGGAAUGGAAGAGCAGAUGAAGAAUGUAUUUUUGAGAGACUGGAUAGGAUGUUGGUGAAUUCUCCUCUUCUUGACAAUUUUGGAAAUACUGAAGUGGAACAUCUUGCAAGAACUGGAUCAGAUCAUGCUCCACUUUUGUGCGGGGGUUGGUCCACUUGGGAGCAUGAGGACCCUUUUAUAAACUUCAAAUGCAAGAUGAAAAAGUUGAAAGCGGUGUUAUCCAAAUGGAGCAGGGAAGUGUUUAGUGACAUCUUCAAGCAGAUGAUCAUAAGGGAGGAAAUAGCGAGAUUAAAGGAAGAUUUGUUUGAAGAAAAUCCAAGCCAAGUAAAUAGAAUGGUUGUGCAAAAAGCUCAGGCUGAGACUAAAAGAUACUUGAAAUAUGAAGAAGAGUACUGGAGACAAAAAUCAGGCCUGGAUUGGAUUACAGAUGGUGGCAAAAAUACUAGAUUCUUCCAUAAUCUAGUGAAGGGAAGAAGGAAGAAACUGCAGAUCAAAAGAAUUCAAAAUUCAGAUGGUUCAUCGAUUGAGGAUGAGGACCAAAUGGCAGCUGAGGCUUUGCACUUUUAUACACAACAAUUUUGA